GGGGAAUAUCGUUUUCAGUUAUCCAUCCAGUUAAUUGUAUUCUUUUCUCAACUGCGCAUGGCCAAGAUCCUCAGUCGUUUUGAAAUACAUCAAGCUGGUGAUCUUAAAACCUUGUGCCUUAACAUUGUGGUGAGAGAUCAGCAUAAAGGUACUUCGUUCUUCAGUGCCGGUAAUGCAUUAGAAGGUUUACGACAAGGUUCUAAACUUGUCGAUCUUGCAGAAAAAACUCAGGAUUAUCUUUCACACAAGGAGUUACUAGAAAUUGUUCAAAGCAAGCUUGAAGAAGCAAAAGGCGAUAAUGUAAGUAUAGAAUCUCUAACUUCCAUGGAGGAACAGCUCAAGAGUGCUCUCUCUGUAACUAGAGCUAGGAAGACAGAGCUAUUGAUGGAGCUUGUGAAGAACCUUCAGGAUAAGGAGAAGUUGCUGAAAGAAGAGAACAAGGUUCUAGCUAGCCAGAUGGAGAAGCUGAAGAAAUUUUCGGAAACAGAGGAUGAAAGAGCAUUGUCACCGGAAAAUAGCUCUGACCACAACCCACCGGAGACUCUCCCGCUUCUCAAGUAACGAACAUCAUCAACGGCUGAUUUGUCAUCAUCC